ACUGGGGGUCAUGGAGUGACCGCCCCAGACCAACUGACCACCGAGGGACCCCGAGUGACCACGGGUGGACAACUGACCACCGAGGGACCUGGAGUGACCACUGGGGGACCCCGAGUGACCACCGAGGGACAACUGACCACUGGGGGACCCCGAGUGACCACCCCAGACCAACUGACCACCGAGGGCCACCAGGUGACCACCGGGGACCGAGUGACCACUGGGGGACACAGAGUGACCACUGGGGACCGAGUGACCACUGGGGGACACAGAGUGACCACCCUGGACCGAGUGACCACCGAGGGCCACCAGGUGACCACCGGGGACCGAGUGACCACCGAGGGCCACCGAGUGACCACUGGGGGACACAGAGUGACCACCCUGGACCGAGUGACCACCGAGAGCCACCAGGUGACCACCCCAGACCACCGAGUGACCACUGAGGGCCAGCAGGUGACCACUGGGGACCGAGUGACCACCCUGGGCUACCAAGUGACCACCACGAGCCCCUUGAGCCACCGAGUGACCACUGAGGGACACGGAGUGACCACCCCAGACCACCGAGUGACCACUGGGGGCCAACUGACCACUGAGGGACACGGAGUGACCACUGGGGGACACGGAGUGACCACUGAGGGCCAUGGAGUGACCACUGGUCAGCCGGGGGGCCCGGGCGCGCCCCUCCCCCACUGGCCGCUGGCCGCCGCGGGGGGGGCGCUGCUGGUGGCGGUGGGG